CGAGAAACCCACUUCCUCCCACGCCGUCGACCCCCAUGUUCCUUGUUUGUCACCUCAGCUCGGGAGAAGCCGUCUCGCAUCUAAUCGUAAUCUAAUCUCUUUUAUCGCAACUGACGCCAAGCUGCACCUGUCGCCGAAACAUUGCGCCGGCACCGACAUUUUUUGGCUGGUGCCGUAAAGUGACAAGGCCUCUACAUCAUCGUGUAAGUGGCCAGCCAAUUGCACCGCCUUUACUCAAGAUGGCCUCCUUCUCCCGAGGCCUGCCGGCUCAAUGGCACUUCUUCACCCUCCGCCAAACCCAACUCUCAUCCUGCAAAUGCACACCACCACCCCUCCAAACCCGCUUCUUCACCACCUCCCUCCGCCUCCUGAAGAAAGCCCCUAAACCAAAAGUCCCUACACCACCAGCCCCCAGACCCUCCCUCCUAGUAAAACCAACCCAAUCAGUCCCCAAACCCUCCAUCUCCCCCCUCCUCGCCUCAACCCGCGCCCCUCCCUCCUCCUACGCCAACAUCAUCGCCCAAAAACCCCGGACCCUCCUCUACGAAUCCCCCUCCCAUCUCUGGUUCCGCACCGGCUGCUUCGCCUCAGGCAUGUUCUGCAUCUCCUACUCCGUCUACCACUACUGGACCAUCCAGCUCCACCCCCCCGAAGGCCUGGCAUGGUGGAUCCCCCACGCCUACGGCGUCAUCUGCCUCGCCAUGGCCGCCAUGGCAACCUACUUCAUCAUGGGCACCGGCCGCAUCAUCAAGACCAUCACCGCCGUCUCCUCCUCCUCCUCCUCCCUCGUCAAAGCAGCCGCCAAACCCUCCGGCCAGGGUCCCCUGUACAUCGAAGUAACCGCCCAGAGGAUGUUCCCCUUUCUGAAGCCAAAGAAGAAGCUCUACAUGCCUCACGAGAUUGAGCUGCCCUUCAGGAUGAGCAGCAUGUUUGAGUACAACAAGCGGAUCGGCGUUGCGGUCGAGGAGCCGUUGAGCGUGGCUGAGCAGGUCAGGAGGCAGAGGGCCGCGAUUGAGGCGGCCAAGAAGGAGAGGGAGUACACCAUGAACCAUCUCCUCACCGCUCCGUUCAGGGACGCCAAGAAGGCUUUCAAGGGGGUGUGGCCGGGCAUUGUGAGGUCGUUCAGCAGGGAGGGCUUCACCAAGAUCGUGGUUGGAGGGGUGACGUACAAGUUGGACACGACGGGUGGGUGGGCGUUGGAUGACGGGAGGGCGAUGGAUAGGUUGUUGCCUAUUAGGCCGAAUUCCGUGAAUCCAUAA